CUCCACGUUCUUUUGCGAAGGCUGAUGGGAGUUGAGCAGUGAUGUCGUGGUUUGUUGGUGUUUACAACUGCGCUAUGGGACGUAAAUUGUGCAUAAUUUCUCCAUCUGCUUAUGAAAUCUUCCUUCCAGCAAUCUCCAUUUCAUCAAUUAUGCGGAUGAAGAUGCCGUUAGCUCGAAUCAAAUCGUAAAUCCCGUCUUCUCUCUCCUUCCAUGUUGUGCCUGUGCUACGAAUGCAAUUUGCUAUUUCUCCACAUAUUGGAUAGUGCUACACUGUCUGUCAACGCUUUUGCUAGUGCUAGCUCUUCAAAACCUUCAUUGAAACGCCAUGUGAACUAGACGUUUAUGAUCGUGCAAGUGUGACAGUGCUUCGUACAUUAGGACUGCUAUCUUGUGUGUUUAUUGCGGCAUGAUGUCGACGAUGAAGCUCUCUGUGCAAGACCGCAAAGAGCUGGAGAAAUUCACCAAGUUUCUCGCCUACAAAUCCGUCCAGGUUAUCGUGCAAUCGCGUCUCGGUGAAAAACAGAAAACAAGAUCGAAGCCGUACUCGACCGGUUCGGAUUGGUUCAAUCUCGACAUUCCUGACCUUCCCGAAGUACAAGCCGAGGUGAAACGGGCGAUGGGUGGACAGAUUCCUGCAGCCGGGGGCCCGAGUCUCUGUACGGAAAUCUCCCUGCAGACUGCCGAAGGGGACUCCCUUGCUCUGGAAACCUGGCAACUGGCAGUGGCAGAGGCCUGCGACCCAACAGUGCGAGCCAUCUACACUGUCUACAACCGCAUGAGCAUUCUGCUCAAAUCGCUCAUCGCGUUCACACGCGUUACUCCGGCGUACCGGUUGUCAGCAAGGCAGGGCCCUGACUCUUAUGUCAUCUGUUACAGGGUCUAUCUUGGUGACCCACAGGUUCACCUGCUGGGGGAAGGUUGCAAAAGCGAGACGGUGGGCAGAGUCGGCACACCUAUAGGAACCGUAAUAUUCGGAGUUUUGUACCGUACAAAGCUGACAAUAUCGCCCCAACGAGCAGCACCACACAAUCCGAUCAUGGUCAAAAGUGAUUACUUCAAGCCGGACCUCAGCCCGAAAUGGGUUCAUCGAAACAGUUGCCCGCACGUCAAGCCGUACAGCGGGGACACAGAAGUCGACGGCACAAAAGUUGCCGAUGGUGCUUUGGAUGCUCACAAGAAUCGUGAUUACGGUGCUGCCCCUACGAAUGGACACACCAACGGGGAUGGAGGAUUCGUGGAUAUACGCAACGGUGCUUUUGCUCCUGUGCCGCCACCGCUCGAUGGGGAGUUUGAAAUUCCCGAAGUUCCCUUCCAGCAUCUCCUUCCAGUGGAAAACGGUCUGUCCUCCACGGACACGGUGGAUAGCGCUCGCGCAAAUGAUGAUUCAAAAGGUGAUGCAGAUGCUGCGGUGGAGAAAAAUGGCAAAGAAUCGCCGCCGGCAGAAGACUUUGUUCUAAUAGAACUUAAGCCACCCUUUGCCGAUUCCGACGGAAGCGCCGAUCUCGGCGCCUUCUUCCACGAAUGCCAGACGGCGCCGAUGCUGUCCUCGUUUGCCUCCCAGCCGACCCUCGAAGAGCAGGUGUCGGAGAUCAGCGCGCACCUGGCAGCGCUGGAGUCCAGCCUGCCGGACUUGGACCAGUUCGUCGAGUCCGUCUGCCAAUGCGAGGCACUCAAGUGAAAGCGCCGCUCCUUUACGGCCAAGCUCAACGCGAACCAAUGUGUGACAUUUUGCGGUGUUGAAGAGUGCAGCGCGGAACAAACUGAAACGAGCAGUGAAGCGGCAAGAAAAAGGGAUCUCCGGUCGUUUCUUUGCGGAAGUGUUCAAAGUAGCACCCAGUGAAACGUUUGUUACAAAGUGAUACUUGUGGCAAUAGAUUUUGAGUGAACACAGUGACCUCUGGGGAAGCAUGACACUAGUCACGAGGCAGACGACUUUUUUUUUUACAUUGUUAGCCUUUUGAUGCUCAAAGAUGUGUCCUAUCUUUGUGGCAAUGGCCAAAGUUGUGCAUAGGUACGUUUUUUUUUUUUUUUUGCCACAAAUUACCGCACUUUUCGUCCGACAAAUGUAUAUCGGAGUGAAGUCUCACUCGUAAAUUUCAACUAGCAAUGGAGACAACCUUAAUCUUAACAGUCCAGAGCCUCUGUGCAGACGUAAAAUUAAAUAACUCCCGUUAUCUUCACCCGUACGAUAGAUUUCGUAGAGUCGCCUGCAUAAUAACCCCAGAGAUCAUCGGCGGAGUCCAAGUGUUUGCUCAACGAGCGUGACGGAAACUGCUUGCUGAUACGGUUUACUUUCUGCGGAAUUUUGAUAAUGCGGAGACGGUGCGGAAAAAGCAGUGCGGAAAAGUGGACUAGACUGUAUUUGCAAUAAAGCCAGCUUGUAACUGUACUUUGCUUUAGAGUAGUAGGUUUUUAUAAUGGACUUAGGACUGCUCCGGUAGAACUUUUUUUUUUCCCUGCUAGCCCGUCCGUCGUACAGUGUGUGGCCGCUCAGGGGAAUACCAAAGUGUACUCUUGCUACACGUCUUAAAGGGGCACGAAAGUGCAAGAAUUUUAUCCUUGGGGAAUGAAAGAUGCUUUAACCUUGACCGUGUAUUCACACGAGUGACGUUCCCCAGAAUACUCCAGCGGAAGAUGCGAAAAAAACGUCGUGUCUUCUCGUGCACUGCCAACCGUGAGGAAUAUCCUGUGACACAGUCACAAGAUAUUCCGUAGCAGACGACAGGAAAUUAAACUGACAGUGUUGUCUGCUAAGUGCGCAAUACGCCACAACGUUCCCCAGAAUACUCCAACGGAAGAUGUGAAAAACGUCGUAGCCUUCUGCUGUCUCGUCAACGUCGUGUCUUCUCGUGCACUGCCAACCGUGAGGAAUAUCCUGCGACGCAGUCACAAAAUAUUCCGUAGCAAACGGCAGGAAACGAAACUGAGUGUCGUCUGCUAAGUGCGCAAUACGCUACUCCCGAUAUUCUGGCGCAGCGCGAACGCUCCGCGAACUACGCUAUUCAACUUCCACCCUGUGAGAGUUUUUUUUUUUUUGCUCUCUCAUCCACUAGAAUAUUCCGCAGGUAUGUUGCUCGUGUGAGUACACGAUAAGAAGGAAGUGGAGCCGUCUGUUGAGGCUUUCGUGACUUGGGAGCGAAAGGACCUGCAAUUUACGCUUUCCUUCUCCCUCUCAAGAAGGCCGACAAUGCAGAGCGCACUGUUAUUGGUCCCUGCAAACGACCUGUCCAAUCAUCACGGGAGGUCAUUUGAAGAGACCAAUCCGAGGCCUCUCUGCACUGCCGGGGUCCUUAUGAAACAGAGGUAGAGGGAAAGCAUACAUUGCAGAGUCUCUCGCUCAUAAAUACCAAACGACGUGACGGAUGAAUACUGUUCCUUUUGUUUUAGUGUCAAGGUAACAUCUUUAAUUCCGCGAGGAGAGACUUUCGCACUUCGGUGGCCCUUUAAACCAUUUUUGAGUCCCAAGCGUCGAGUAAUUCAAGCUCAAAUCAUGCUCUGAGGAAAGGAGACAUAUCAAUCAUAUCGUCUGUGAAGUGAUGGAAGACAUUGUUAUGGAAUAUUUAUUGUUACUUGUUGCCUAUUCCUCUAUAUCAGAGUGUGCUCUAGAUCAGUUUCUUUUUUUUGCUUCGAUAAUUUGUUUUUUCUUUUUUUGCUUGUCUAGUGCUUUUGCUCUUCAUAUUUGCCAGUCUUGCUUAAAAAAAAAAAAACUCCUAAGCUCUUGUGCAGGCAUACUACAUGAUAUGACAUUGACGUGACAGUAACAAGUUCUUAAAUGCAAGUAAGCCGUUAACAACAUUUAGUAUCGCUUGUACCAAAUUUGUUUGUGCACAUGCAUGCAUAUGCUAACCAAAAAUGUGCAUGUAGUGAUUUUUGCAGUGUGCAAACUAUUUACAAAUUCACACAAGGUGUUCAAUGCUUGCAAGUACAACAAAUGUAUGUAUAUGCCAUGGUAUCACUGUUAAUGUGUUAAGUACAAGAAGUUAAAGUGGGUCAGCCAUUAAUGACAUGUUCUUCGAGCUCUUCCUGAAUGUCCGGGCAGUCCGCUAUCCGAGCCUGUUCAAUGUUUGCAAGCUCCCUCCUCAGUACAGCGUACAUCUAGGAGUAGAUAACUGUCCCCGCCAGCUCACUACUGUCCUUAUUGCAAGGCACAUAAAAGUUAAUGAAAGUCUCUUAAAUCGUUUUAAUUUUAAGAAUGAAAAGAAGCUUUCCUUAGCAACAGUACGUUCAGCAGGAGCUACAUUUCCUGCAAUUAGUUGUACGUCCUCGGGCCAGCACCGUAGCAUGAAGGGGGGGGGGGGCGUAGGGGCGGUCGCCCGGGGCGCGAGAUUUUGUGGGGCACAAAUUAUCGACGGUGAGAGAAAAAAAAGUUCAAAUUAAAAACAGUGAAACUGUUGAAUCGCUCGAAAAAAAAAUCUCAAUUUUUUUAACGUUGGGCGCUGUUGGAACAAUCUUCUGGGCGCCUCCCUAUUUAUCCCUAUUUUGGGCUGAAAUUGUGCUCACGUCAGGAAGGGAAAAAGGGAAGCUUUUUGCCAGGACUGUAGAAGACCACAUCUAGUACAUUAGGCACAUAGAAGACGUGCAUCGUCUUUCUGUACGAAUUUAAUGUUGUAACCGAUAAUGCUGUGCAGCAAUUGUAGGCAGUAGGAAACGGUGAAGAGGGUAUUUCCCCUCUCUUUUCGUACAGUAAAAUUGUAAAGGGGUGCAAUGUCAGAAGAUAAUUUGAGGGAAAAAAAGGAAUGUGGUAUCAUCCAACAUAGACUGAUUCAUUUAGGAGGUGCAGAAAGCUUGGAUUUUACCCGACAAAGUCUACCCUGUUCAACGUACAACAAGCAGGUCCUCUAUUCACUGUGGGGGGGAGGAAAUAUAUUUAUUAUACGAAAGGGAAAAAAAACGGGGGAAUCUAUUCGCUGGGUCAUUUCCCAGUAAAGUUGUUACAGAAGAUAGGGAAAAAAAAAAAAAAAAUGGAACGGAAGAACUUCAUAAAAUGACCAAGCCUGACUUUCAGAUUUUGUAGAUCCUGUCCUGCAAACUUGAACGUCAUUCAUGGAUGACCCUCGAACGUUGGAAAAACCAGGAGCCUCAAAUUGUCAAAAACAUGGCAGUGGUUCCAUUAUUGUAGAGUAACUCGUUGCAAAGACAAAUUUACAUUGUGUUGCUUGUGUUGCACUGUUGGUACUGGUACCAUUAUAUUUUGAAGAGCCAGUCUCGUACUGCACUACCCACUUGGAACGGUUACCUUGCAAUUCUCUGUUGUUGACAACAUAAUGCACAAACAUAUGCUGUGACCAUUAAAUAAACAAACGUAAGGGAUAAGAGUUGGGCAGCUUGCCACAAGCUGUGCUGGAAACAGGAUGCACUAUACCACCACGAAUAUUUGUACGUAAGUGGACAACCUAGAGACAAAGCGAAGUCGUCUUGCACUACACCUCCAUUGAGAGUAGACAACUGCCAAAACUUGUAACAGCCGCCAGAUCGGUAAUCUGUUUAGCGUCUCCACUUCAAACGGGAGAGUGGAAUGAUGACUAGACAAGGCUACAAGCAAACGUUUUGCUAAACUGAGGGUGAAAGACAAGCUCACAAACAAACACAAGCUACUAGAGCGUUUGUUUAUUUUGGAUGAUGCUGUUAUUAACAGUUCUCACGAUUUUGAAUGAGUGAAGUGCUGUACGCACUCACGUGCUAUUACAGUAUACAUUUCUGAACACUGACACUUUCACAAUUCUGCACCUGAAACUCACAAAUAAAAUAUCAAUUUAAUUUUGAAACUGACCAGAUAGUAUGGGGCUACCCCUUUUAUGUAACCAGAUGAGUUUGGAAUGCCAAGCAUGUGGCUGUCGAGAAAGUUUAGAAACCUUCCGAAAUUACGUUGAUGUCACAGCCUUCAAAUCUGUAUACGUCAAAAACCGUAGAGCUACUGCUUUGGUGUGCAAGGGUACUGAUGUUUGUUGGUAUGAUGUGUGGUAAAGAGGUGCGGUGUGAAAAAGCAGACACCAAACUGCAACAAUACUGCCAAGGAAAAUGUUUUGUCAGUGAAUCUUGCACACAAGAGACAGUUUGAAAUUGGUAUAUUUCACUGGACUUCCUUGUCCAGCUGGUUGGCUUCUGCCAGUAAACUGCUAACACAGAAAUUAUGGAAUCUAUUUACGUAUAUAAAAAAUAUUGGCUUUGUCUGUA